ACCACGACAAAAUGAAAGCAAAUAAGAUUGAACUGUAUAGAAACUUAUUACGUGUGAACACGUGGGAGGAAUCAGCUGAUUUAGAAUCGAACGUCACAAUACAAAUGAGCGAUUUAACUUUUUUAACCUUUUUAAUGUGUGAUAUAUGUAUUUAGAAAUAAAAUAAUUAAUAUUAAAAUAUAAAAGAUGAUGGUAGAUAUAGAUGAAGCCGAAGUGACCAAAGUUCAAUCACAAAAUGACAGUAUUGAAAAUAUAGUAGACUUUUCUAAAGCUACCGAAAAAUUGGCCACUGGAAUAUUGUCUAUUUAUCAACCAUCAUUGGAAAAAGUCAAGGAAAACCUAAAUGAAUUGACAAACAAGCAAGAAGUUUUACUCGAUCAAAUACAAAAUGAUAAUAAAAAGUUUCAAGAUGUUAUCGAAGAUGCAGAUUUAAACAACAUGUUUGCUACCAUUAAAUUGUAUCAAGGAAAAUUAACAAAUAUUAAAAAGGAAAUGGUCACAGUACACGAUAGGACCUACAAAUUAAAAAAACGGGCAUUACGCUUGCAACAAAUUAAACAAAAAGAAGCUCUCGGUAGGGAACAACAAAGAGAACAAGAGCUUCGUAGAGAACAAGAAUUAAUCGGUAAGCCUACAACAUCUCAAUGAAAUUUAGUAUCUGUAAAGACCUAUCAAACAGUUUACUUAGGAUACGUAUUACAUAUAUGAAAAGAUAUAUAAUAUAAAGUAUAGAAAUAUUAUGCAUUUAUAUAUUUAACUAAUAUUAAUAGUAAAAUAUUUUUUAAAAUGUAUCAACGUUCGAAUUCUUAAAAAAUUACAAUAAUCAACAUCUCUUGAAAUCAUAUUACCAUGCUAUUUCCCAGCGUUCACCGAAUGAACACUUCUCUUUGGUUUUACAUAAUCGAUUGAAAGUUCUUUCUGGAGGAAAUCCAAUAAUCUCUCUGUCUUCUUGUAUCCUAAAUGUAAAAGUUGACUCGUGCGUUCCAAUAAAGUAUCUGUUAAAAAUAA